AGGGGCGGGGAGCUGCGGCCGCGCCGGGCACCUCCCACCCCGCCCUCGGCGCCCCCGCCCCUCCAGGAAGGGGAGGCGGCGAGGGGAGUCCGCCGCCGAGGCCGACGAGCCCCCCGCCCAGCCCGGCGACUGUGGGGUCCCCCCACCCCCUUGCACAUGAGGUGGACGCCCCCCGCGAGGACCUGGGUGCAGAGCCGCGCGCGGAGGUCUUGAGUCAGAGCACCACCCCCCGGGACCCUGGAACGCUAUCAUGGAGACUGAGAGUGAGCAGAACUCCAGCUCCACCAAUGGGAGUUCCAGCUCAGGGAGCAACUCUCGGCCCCAGAUAGCCCAAAUGUCCCUGUAUGAACGGCAAGCAGUGCAGGCUUUGCAGGCACUGCAGCGGCAGCCCAAUGCAGCUCAGUAUUUCCACCAGUUCAUGCUCCAGCAGCAGCUCAGUAAUGCCCAGCUGCACAGCUUGGCUGCCGUCCAGCAGGCUACGAUUGCUGCUAGUCGGCAGGCCAGCUCUUCAAACACCAGCACUACACAGCAGCAGACCACAACUACCCAGGCCUCAAUCAAUCUGGCUACCACAUCGGCCGCCCAGCUUAUCAGUCGAUCCCAGAGUGUGAGCUCUCCCAGUGCUACCACCUUGACCCAAUCUGUGCUACUGGGGAACACCACUUCCCCACCCCUCAACCAGUCCCAGGCCCAGAUGUAUCUGCGGCCACAGCUGGGGAACCUAUUGCAGGUAAACCGGACCCUGGGCCGGAAUGUGCCUCUAGCCUCCCAACUCAUCCUGAUGCCUAACGGGGCAGUGGCUGCCGUCCAGCAGGAGGUGCCAUCUGCACAGUCUCCUGGAGUCCAUGCAGAUGCAGAUCAGGUGCAGAACUUGGCAGUGAGGAACCAACAGGCCUCAGCCCAAGGACCCCAAAUUCCAGGCUCUACUCAGAAGGCCAUUCCUCCUGGAGCCUCUCCUGUGUCUAGUCUCUCCCAGGCCUCUAGCCAGGCCUUAGCUGUGGCACAGGCUUCUUCUGGGGCCUCAGGCCAGUCCCUCAACCUUAGUCAAGCUGCUGGAGGCAGUGGGAAUAGUCUCCCAGGGUCCAUGGGUCCAGGUGGAGGUAGCCAGACACCUGGGGGUUUAGGUCAGUUGCCUUCCUCAGGAAUGGGUGGUGCAAGCUGUCCCAGGAAGGGCACAGGAGUAGUACAGCCCUUGCCUGCAGCCCAAACAGUGACUGUGAGCCAGGGCAGCCAGACAGAGGCAGAAAGUGCAGCGGCCAAGAAGGCAGAAGCAGAUGGGAGUGGUCAGCAGAAUGUGGGCAUGAAUCUGACACGAACAGCUACACCUGCACCCAGCCAGACACUUAUAAGCUCAGCCACAUACACACAGAUCCAACCUCAUUCACUGAUUCAGCAACAGCAGCAGAUACACCUCCAGCAGAAGCAGGUUGUGAUCCAGCAGCAGAUUGCCAUCCACCACCAGCAACAGUUCCAGCACCGUCAGUCUCAGCUGCUUCACACAGCUACACACCUCCAGUUAGCACAGCAGCAGCAGCAGCAGCAACAACAGCAGCAGCAGCAGCAGCCACAGCAGCAGCAGGCUACAACCCUCACUGCCCCUCAGCCACCCCAGGUCCCACCUACUCAGCAGGUCCCACCUUCCCAGUCCCAACAGCAAGCCCAGACCCUGGUGGUUCAACCCAUGCUUCAGUCUUCACCCCUGUCCCUUCCACCUGACCCAACCCCCAAGCCACCAAUCCCUAUCCAGUCCAAACCAUCUGUAGCACCUAUCAAGCCUCCUCAGUUAGGAACUGCCAAGAUGUCAGCUGCUCAACAACCACCACCCCACAUCCCUGUGCAAGUUGUGGGUACCCGGCAGCCAGGUACAGCCCAGGCACAGGCUUUAGGUUUGGCACAGCUGGCAGCUGCUGUACCUACUUCCCGAGGGAUGCCAGGUACAGUGCAGCCUGGCCAGGCCCAUUUGGCCUCCUCACCACCUUCGUCCCAGGCUCCUGGUGCGCUGCAGGAAUGUCCUCCUGCCUUGGCCCCUGGGAUGAGCCUUGCUCCUAUGCAGGGAACAGCACAUGUAGUAAAGGGUGGGGCUACCACCUCUUCACCUGUUGUAGCCCAGGUUCCUGCUGCCUUCUACAUGCAGUCUGUGCACCUGCCGGGUAAACCCCAGACAUUGGCUGUGAAACGCAAAGCUGAGUCUGAGGAGGAGAGAGAUGAUGUCUCCUCGUUGGGUUCAGUGCUUCCUGUCAAGGCAUCUCCAGCAGCAGAGAGUCCAAAGGUCAUGGAGGAGAAGAGCAGUCUUGGAGAGAAAGCUGAUCCAGUGGCCAGUGUGAAUGCUAAUACUCCAAGCAGUGAACUGGUAGCCUUGACCCCUGCUCCAUCAGCACCACCUCCUACGUUAGCCAUGGUGUCCAGACAGAUGGGUGACUCCAAACCCCCACAGGCCAUUGUGAAGCCCCAGAUUCUCACACACAUCAUUGAAGGCUUUGUCAUCCAAGAAGGAGCAGAACCUUUCCCGGUGGGAUGUUCUCAGUUACUGAAGGAAUCUGAGAAGCCACUACAGACUGGCCUCCCAACGGGGCUGAAUGAGAGUCAGUCAAGUGGCCCUUUGGGAGGGGACAGCCCCUCUGUAGAGUUAGAGAAGAAGGCCAAUCUCCUCAAGUGCGAGUACUGUGGGAAGUAUGCCCCUGCUGAACAGUUUCGUGGCUCUAAGAGGUUUUGCUCCAUGACUUGUGCUAAGAGGUAUAAUGUGAGCUGUAGCCACCAGUUCCGGCUGAAGAGGAAAAAAAUGAAAGAGUUUCAAGAAGCCAACUAUGCUCGUGUUCGUAGGCGAGGACCUCGCCGCAGCUCAUCUGACAUUGCCCGUGCCAAGAUCCAGGGCAAGCGCCACCGGGGUCAGGAGGACUCUAGCCGGGGUUCAGAUAAUUCCAGUUAUGAUGAAGCACUCUCCCCAACAUCUCCUGGGCCACUGUCAGUCAGAGCUGGGCAUGGAGACCGUGACCUAGGGAACACCAUUACAGCUCCACCAACACCAGAAUUGCAUGGGAUCAACCCUGUGUUCUUGUCUAGUAAUCCUAGCCGAUGGAGUGUAGAGGAGGUGUAUGAAUUUAUUGCUUCUCUCCAAGGCUGCCAGGAGAUUGCAGAGGAGUUUCGUUCCCAGGAGAUUGAUGGACAGGCCCUUUUAUUACUUAAAGAAGAACAUCUUAUGAGUGCCAUGAACAUCAAACUGGGCCCUGCCCUCAAGAUCUGUGCCAAGAUAAAUGUCCUCAAGGAGACCUAAGGUGGCCCUCUUGCACAAACUAGCCUAAGGCAGACACUCCCCACUGUCUAGGUUAUAACCUGGAACUAGCAGACUUUGCAGGCAAGAAAGAGCUGUUCCUUCUAUAGGGGGAUUAACAAGACAGGGAAGAGAAGUGCAAGAAUUGGUUGCUGGUGCUACAUGGUGGCAGCUUUGACAUUUUCUCUGGGUUUCACUUUAAAAAAAAUCUUUACAGUUUUUCACAUUUCCACCUACCUUAGUCCAAUCUUUAUAAAGAAGCAGUCUAGAGAACUGAACUGCUUAGCCUUAUCCUGGAGUGGAGCAUCUGGCCAGGGUCUGUUCUCAAGAGGAGGAAUAUAUUGUAUGGUAAGGCAAGGAAAUGGGUGGAAUGUAGAUUUGCCUCCCCAGUGGGAGAGGUAGGGUUUUCCUAGCUUGUGUGACACAAGUAGCAAAAUCUGGUACUCCCCCUUUUCCCUCUGGAUUGUCUCACUGUAGCUGUGGCUCAGUUUCCUUUGUUAUCACUUGCUCCCUUAGUAUUGAAUAUUUUCUCCUGCAUCCAUGGCAGGGUUACCAGCCAGUGUAGACACUUGGUUGGCAUCUUUCUGAUUUGCUGCAGGGACUAAAAGUGUUUGACUGGCACAUGUGUGGCUGUUGUCAUUCUUUCUGCAUCCCCCUCCUCCCUUCCAGUGUAUCUGUCAUCUUCUACCGUACCUUUUUUUUUUCAAUUCCAACUCUGCUUUGUCCUAUAGCUUUAUAAACAGGAGUGUGUGGGGCUGAGGUCAGGAUUAUAAGUUACCUGCCUUAGGCGCUUAUACAACAAAUAUUAAAUAUUUUUUUCUUCCUUAGUAAAAGGAUGAAUAUUGGUCUCAGUUGUCUAACUCCAUUCCAGUAAUUCAGCUCUCUCACACAAAUAACAAAGACAGCAUGUUUUGUUUGUUUUUUUAAUCAUUAAGUGUUUUUGUACAAAAAAAGUGGUGUAAUUUUUUUUUUUUUUUUUACAUUUUAAAACACCAGGGUAUGGGGGAGGAAUGCAAACCAGUAACAAAGAAGAUGCUUUUUAUAAUAAUAUUUUGUAACAUUAUUUCCCUGUUUAGAAAGGAGAAAAAAACCCAGCUCUAACAGUAUUGAAAAGUCCAAAGAUGAAAUAAUUUCAUUUUCUUCUCUAAAGCUAUAUUAUAAAAGGCCCCCUGCCUAGUAAUUCCAUCCCUUAUAUCCAGUGGAGCCAUGUUAGUGGCCUAGGGGUUCACUGUUACAGAAAGAUCAGCCUAGAAUUCUGGGCACAUGACCUAAACAGAAAGAUAAAAGCAUCAGAGGAUUAAAAACCUUUCCCCACAUAAAUGUGGGCAAGAAGACACUUCCCUGAGCCAGCAGAAGGGACAGGUGCAGCAUUCCACACCCAGAGUAGAGGACUGCAAAGCCCCCCAUGUCCUACUUCUACUUCCAUUCCCUUUCCAGAAGAUUGGAAAAAAAAACAAAAGUCAAAUAACCACAGGCCUGUGAAAAAAGUGCAACUUAUGUUUAGAAAUACUGGUAGAGGGAAAUAGGGUUAACAACAGCUUUACCAGCUGUACAAAUGGGAGGAAAAGACCCCACACCACAAGGUAAACAUACUCCUGUUCUGGAACCCCUACAGCAUAGGUCUGUUUCAACUUCCCCUUCCAAUGGACUGGAUUGGCAGAUUAGCCAUUCUGGCUACACAUGGGAUUGACAGCCACAAGACCAAUCCAGGGCCCAAUUCCAGCUAUAAAGUCACCCCAAUGCCUACAAAGGAUUUGGUGGUACCUUAGAAAUCUAUAACUAGGAAAUUUCACAUUUUUCCUGUCCUAAUCCCAGAAAUGGGAGAAAGAAGUCUAGAAUAUCUCCAGGCUCAGAUCAAAUGGGAAUACUUGUGAUUACCAAGUAAUCACAGCAAAGUAGUUCUAAGAAGCAGAAGUGACAUCCAGAUUCUCAUGGAGACAACUAUAGGGCACAGAGUAAUAGCAUGAAAACAGUCAAAUGAAUAAAUAAAUGUAUGCUUUUUUUUUGUAAUUAGAGGAAUCCAGUGUCUCAAAAA